AAAGCCCUAGAUCCGACAGUCCAAAUUCCCUUAUAAAAACUUGCUAUAUAAAAACAAAACCCUAACCCCCUCUCAUUUUUCUUGCCCUCCGCCUCUUUCUUUCCUUCAUCUUUCUGCUUCCGCAGCUCACAAGCUCACACAACGUCACUAGUUCAAGAUGCCAUUCAAGAGAUACGUCGAGAUCGGGCGGGUAGCACUCGUCAACUAUGGAAAAGACUACGGAAGGCUUGUCGUCAUCGUCGAUGUUAUCGACCAGAACCGAGCCCUAGUUGAUGCCCCAGAUAUGGUGAGGAGCCAAAUGAACUUCAAGAGGCUUUCUCUCACUGAUAUCAAGAUUGACAUCAACAGAGUUCCCAAGAAGAAGAAUUUGAUUGAGGCUAUGGAGAAGGCUGAUGUUAAGAACAAGUGGGAGAAUAGCUCUUGGGGCAGAAAGCUGAUUGUCCAAAAGAGAAGGGCAUCUCUCAAUGACUUCGAUAGGUUCAAGUUGAUGUUGGCUAAGAUCAAGAGGGGUGGAUUGAUCAGGCAAGAGCUUGCUAAGCUGAAGAAAGAGAAUGCGGCAUAAAAGUAUUAGUUUUGAGUUGUCAAUUUUGUUAUCAAAUAUUGUGCAAGUUGUUAUUUUGGGAUGCUAUCCAUUUUGGUUUUCUAUUUACCUAGAGAUUCAGGAUUGUUCAAGGAAAACUUAUUUUAUAGUGAGUUCUAUUGUGCAACAUUUAAUUUGACACAAUGCUCUUGUUGCUUUCUUCAUUAGUUAUGUUGGAUUUCAUUUUGUGAGUG